GGUUAUAACAUUCAUAUUGGCAAUAGUCUUUAUUCGAACUUUAACUGCAUUAUCUUGGAUUGUAACCAUGUGGAUAUUAGGGACCGAGUAAUGUUUAAUCCUAAUGUGGAGGAGAAAGUUAAAAGUGACGAACUUGCAUUUCCUAUUAAG